GCCCACUCGACUCAUUGAUCAUGAAGAGCGAAAGGGGGAUCGACGAUGAGGGAGUCUCAAGAUGCACGCUCGUUCCGAAAGCUGUAUUACGGCCUCUUCCCUCGGGCGCCUGAGGAUUUGCUCUCCAAUUAUACCCACCUGCGCACCCUCGUCUCGCAAAAGCAGUCCAAAGGCGAUGUGCAGAUCGAUCUUAUGCGGUCGAUUCUAGGCCCCACUUCGCGUGGUUAUGGUGGAAUGCAGGUCGUGCUCAAGUCUAUUGCCAUUACGCCUCGCACAUCGGCAAAGGCCCUACGUGAGGCUGCCAUACAUCGGGCCGUCUCACUGAGUUGGACAAGCGAGGCCAGAGUGCUUCCGCUUCUUUCUCAUUUCAUCACACACGUGCUUCCAGGAGCAGGAGAUGAUAAGGACGAGGCGAGUAGCUCCUCUUCGUCAUCGAACGGCAAGCGCACGUCGGCGCCUCGUGCUACAUCUACCUUUCUCGUCCUCGUCUUUCCUUUCCUGGAGCGAGGCACGCUCUUUGACUGCGUUGCAAAGAAGAUGACAAGCCAGCUUCGGAGGCAGAAGAUAGGGGAAGAUGAGCUUCGAUGGGUCAUCGUCGAGGCGGCCUUGGCUCUCCAGCGAUGUCAUGAACGAGGUGUAGUCCAUCGGGACGUCAAAGCGGAAAACAUCCUUGUCGACACCCUUCACGGGACACCAAAGCUGAGACUGGCGGACUUCGGCAUGUCUAUUUGGAUCGAUGAGACGAGAGAAAGCGAGGGCAAAGCCGUCGGGGACCAAGCCGACAGCACCCUGUGCGGGACCUGGGACUACCUCAGUCCCGAGACUGCAACCCAAAGACGCACAGGGCCACCGUCAGACGUGUGGGCGCUCGGAUGCGUCUGUGUCUGGCUCCUGACUGGUUCGACGCCUUUUGCAGAUGAGAAGAGCCACGACCAGAUCGUCGACCGGAUUGCAGUGGGUAAUUGGGAGGCCGCCCGGGCCCAGCUUCCCGACACGCUGAGCUACGAAUGCCUCGACUUGUUAGAAGGAAUGCUUCAAGUUGACGUCGGAGAGCGAAUCACGAUUCAACGAAUCUUGAGGCAUCCUUUUCUGAAGCCGGAGCUACCUCGGCGCGCCAUAGUUGACACUGUCGAUGGAGCGGUCCAACAAGCAAGGGGGGCUCGACUUCGCAUGCCUAGAGCCUCUACACCACCGUCUAGAAGUGAAAGAUCCAGUCUCUCCAACCCGAAGGAGCUGCAGAUGAGGGUGCCUUUCGGGGAAAGGAACAGCACGACUCAAACACAAACGCCUACGUCGCUGCGCUCAGCUAUGAUCAAGAUUCAAACAGAGUCACAAGUCGUUGACAAAGCCAAGGAAAAAGACGGCCGUCCGAGAAGGACCCCGUUCGGGGUCGUCAGGCUGCCAGCCUCUUUCUCCUCCCCAUUUUCCCCACAGCGACCGGCCCUGAGGACCAUCUCGCCCAGUAAUCAGCCUCCAAUAGAGAAGGAGAAAGAUGCGAAUCUCUCACAGCGGGAUCGAAGUGAGGAGCAAGAGAAGGAGGCAGAGCUGGCGCUCACCCAAAGAAAGCGCGCAGAUGCGUCAACGACCUGGGGCGGAGGUUUGGGGACUCGCGGAAUUCCGCCACUGCGUCAGAGAACGGGAAAUGAAGGACGUAUGGCAAUUACUCCGGAAGGAAGCGUGGCUGUUGUGACACGGAUGGGGGAGCCACCACGGCAGCAAAUGGCUACCUUUGUCAUUGAUGCAACCGGAAGCAUCCUGACCGAUUGUCGAAGUACGACGCCGGAAAUGCACAGAGUCUCGGGAGGUCUUGACCCUUUCCUCGAAAGCAUCUAUGAAGGGGCCUGCAGAUGGCUGGAUCGCGUUCGAGCGAGGACGAUCGUGGCUGCUUUUACUCUGCCACCCGAUGAGAAAGAAACCAAAGAUGAGGCGCUCCCGACAGCAGCUUGCCUCGUCCGAGCCAAUAGAGACUUUGCCGUCUCCUGGCAAGGGACGCAUGAAAUUCUCCAGGGCAGUAUCGAAGUCGACGUACGACGAACGACAGGCAUGAUAAGUAUGACGACCCUAUUACAGAGCUUCCCGACACCAGACGAUUGCGGGAAGACUCAAUCGACGGCGAAGAGGUAUGCAUUGCCUAUCGCUUCAACACGGGAUGGCUCGUGGACUUGCCCAUCACUACAAGACGACGCCGAUGACGAGGUCUCCAAGCGCGAGAAGCUCGCUGCCAGGAAGGCCCUGGCCUGCGCGAGAGCAGUGGACGAUGUAUUUGCUGGCCUGCCCUGGAUGUGACCGUGCUGUAUAUUAAUUCUUUCCGAAGCUUUGUGUCCCUAUUUAAUGUUCUGUGG